UUAAAACACGUCCCUUCAAAUUGUUUUAUUCAUUCUGUCAGCUCGUCCGCAUACUUUACAACACAAUGGCUCGCUUUAUAGUGGUCAUCGCAUUCUUGGCUUUCUGCAACAUCGUCUACGCACUGCCGACAUGGGAGAAUGAAGACGAAGCGGAUUUCAGUUCGUCUUCCCUACAGAUUACUCGCCGUCGCUGCAGCUGUUCUGAUGAACAUCACAAAUGCGGCUGCUGCCUUCAAAUCAGGGCACCUGCAUUCCAAAAUUAUGACGAAGCGGAUGUGUGUAUGAACUCGUCUUUCGUCCCGUCGCCAUUGGCGGUGGACUUUUUUAUGAUGUGGAACAAACGUAAAGUUUUCAACCGCACCGUAUCAGAUUCCCGUCCACGGCCUGCAUGUUUUGACAUUCCUCGUCUGAAUUAUGGAAAGGCCUGCGUGAAAUUCACCAAGAUUACGAUCAAGAGAGAUCACACUGGAGGAUGUGCAGCUCUGGAAUUAAAAUCGAGGCACAGCGGAAGAGACAUUCCUCUCGGCUGCUUCUUCUUCCACGAUAGGGACGGGCAUGGAGUGGACAUGGAGACCUUUCUAGAUCCUGCGUCGUUCAUGUCCUUACUGAAAAAUGUCUUUCAAGCGUCAAAGGAAAACCAGAUCGAUAGCAUUAGUUUGCUGGCAAAUCCACCUAAGGAGACACUAGAUGGUGACGUCACAGAAGUGAUGGCGGUUGACAAGGCCAGCUGCCAGUGUUCAAAGGCUCCAGCCCAAUGUGACUGCUGUGCAGAGUUUAAAAUAUUUGGUCACUCUGUGAAAGCCUGUGCUCAUGCAGACAUCGAUAUAACAGGACAGGGAUUUGAUUUAGCGUUGACUAUCAACGGUCACGCCAUUUUCAAGAAGCAUAUAUCGAUUCGAGACCCACCAGAAAUUUGCCACACUUUCCGCUUAUUCACCUUUUCAGUGAAGGCGUGCCUUAAAAUUACACAAGUUUCGCUGAAACCCGGUCACACAGGUGCAUGCUUGGAAUUGGACGUGAGCCGGGCCAAGCUCUCUUUGGGAUGUUUCUAUGGAGCGAGCUACCAGGGAUCUGGUGAAAGAAUAGAAUGAUGGUGCGCCAUACGCCUGAUGGGAUAACCAAAGCUGUUAAAAAAAUUGUGACAUGAUUGCAAUAUGAUCAAGUUAAAUUUUUAUGUGCAAAGUCAAUUGAAUGAUUAUGUUCUUCCUUAAUUUAUAGCUGAAAAUGGAGACUUUCCUAGGAAACAAUAAAGUGCAGCUCUUCAAAAAAUUAACAAGACCUUUUAUGAAUCAUAAAAAAUUUGAAACUAAAUCUGUAGUAUGAAAGAAUGGGAACAGGAAUGUGUUUUUGACAGUUUGACAAGAUAAAAUAA